AUGGGUGAAAAAGAUCAGGAACAAUGCGAGGGAGCCGAGAAUACGUACCGACAUGUUUUACCAGGGGAACACGUUUACGAAGAUGUUCUGUUCUUCGGUUAUACCCCUGCCGAUAUUCUGGAUGCUGUGAAAGACUUCCAAGUGAGAAAUGAUGACGUCAUCAUAGCAACGUAUCCUAAAGCUGGAACAACGUGGUUACAGGAAAUAGCAUGGCUGAUAAUGCAUGAUGGGGAUUUUGAUGGCGCUUACCGAAAACCUGUCUACUUCCGGUCACCAUUUUUAGAGUUCAAGGACAAAGUUUUAAACGAGGUUGGCCUUGACAUUGCUAAUCCAAUGACGUCACCAAGGGUGAUCAAGAGCCAUUUACCAGUUAAACUAAUGCCAAAACAAAUUCAGGAAAAAGACUGUAAGAUAAUAGUUUUAUUCCGAAACCCAAAAGACUUGUGCGUUUCUUACUACCAUUUCUACCGGUCUAGUUCAUCGUUUGGCAAGUUUACAGGAACUUGGGAAGAUUUCUUUGACAUGUUUAUGGAGGGUCAUGUUGACCACGGCUCCUGGUUUGACUACACUAAGAGUUGGUGGGAAUUACGAGAUCGGUCAAACAUUAAAAUCAUAUUUUACGAAGAAAUAAAAGAAGACCUGCACAGAGAGGUUGCAGAAAUAUGUAAAUUUCUGGAUAAAGAUCUAUCCGGUGAUUUGUUAACAAGAAUUGUGGAGCACUGUCAGUUUGAGAGUAUGAAAAGAAAUCCAAUGACCAACCAUCUAGAUGUGUACUCUAUCAACGCAAAAGUCUCACCACUUCUUAGAAAAGGAACGGUUGGUGAUUGGAAGACACAUUUUACUGUGUCACAGAAUGAAAGAUUUGAUAAAUUCUAUAAUGAUGUACUUGGAGGUCUAGAUAUACCUUUCAAAUACACUAUACACCAGAAAUGAACAAUUGAAAAUAUAAUAUGUCGUGAUGUAGUAAACUAAUAACAAUAUUAGAUAUAAUCGCUGUCAUAGAAAAAGGCAAGGAUGUUAAUUAGUCACAUUAUUAUUUUAAUCAUGUUGUUGUUGUUUUGUUUAAACAAAUGGUAGCCAUGUUAAUACAAUGUACAUGUUUAACUAUAGACCUACUGAAUUUAUAUAACGGAAUGAUA